AUGCAAAAUAUACAAGUUGCGAUGAUCAUCGAACGAUCUGUCGCCACAAUAUGGGUGGAUACCUAUGAGAAGAAAUGCCGAUUUUUUGGUGCUAUUCUCGUCACUAUUACGCUGUUGUUGACUGUUUUCGAAACUGGUAAUGGAUACAGUGAUAUUUUGGCUAAUUAUUUAAUGACAAAUAGUUUGAUGAUAACCGAAUCGACGGCCACAAAAGUGACGACCGCUUUUGCUGUGAUUUUCGUUGUUUGCUGCAUAUCACUGCUCAUUAUUAUAUCACAAUACUGCUUCAGUUUACAUCGGAGGAAACGGAAGCGAUAUCUGGAGAACUUCAGGAGAACGUUGACUUCUCGCUAUCAAAAUUCUGAGAAUAUUUUCACAUCGGGAAUGCUCUGCGUUAUUUCGUCAAUUCAACUGACAACAUUCGCCAUCUACGGCUUUUUCAUGACUUAUCUUAGAUUGGUGCUCUACGACAGUCCCAUGUACGAUCCAUACAAAGAAUGUGUCUAUACAGUUCCCCUGUGCACACUACUGUUACCGUUAGCUGCAAUCAUUUGCAUAGAAGUGUCCAAGAGAAAACGGUUGAAUGGGAUCCAAUCGAUGGUUAUGAUGCCGACGAGCGGUACGGAAGGCUGGCAGAACUAUGAGCAACAGCUAAGGCAACAAUGGAGUUGA